AUGAAAAAACGCGGCCAGGAAAUUCAAAACGAUGAAGAAAACACGAAAGAUAAACGACGCAAGAUUAGUAAAAACUCAGACCAUAUCUCUACAUAUAAACCUGGCUCUUCAAUAUUUGAUUUGGUGAAGUCUGGUGAUGUGGAAAUGAUAACGAGUGCACUUCGGAUAGACCCUAAUAGGAUUCGGUCACACGAUGAUAUGGGAAAAACAGCGCUUCAUUUUGCUGCUUCUAUUGGAAACGUUGCGAUCUGUCAAGCACUUAUUGACAACGAAGCCGAUGUUGAUGCUCGCACCCAUGAUAUGCUCACUCCACUUCACAUGAUUUGUUCGGCACAACCAGUUGUUCCACUCGAUAAUGCAAAAGCAAUAGUUCGCAUGCUACUUGAUAAGGGAGCCAAUUUUUCACUUUCUACACCGAACGAUGAAUCGACCAUAAACGUUGCAUUGAACGCCGAAAAUGAAGAUCUAGCCGUGUUUUUAUUAGGAUUCGUAAGCGAAGACGUCAUUUUCCAUCGAGAUAAUCGCGGGGAAACUUGUGCACAUUUGGCUGCCCAAUUAGGGAAUACGUUGUUUAUCAAAGAAGUUUCUCGACGAGAACCAAGAUUAUUUCUUCUUGAAAGUGAUCGAGGAACAGCAUUACAUGUUGCUAUUACCUUAGUGAAUAUCCAAAUAGCCAUAAUAAUCAUGGAUACAAUACGAGCUCGUUAUGGAGUUCUCGAACUUCGAACUCAAAUCAAUAAACGAAGGGAAUACGAUGAUUUGUCGCCAACGGCUCUCGCAUUCAUCAAAGAAUCAUUGGUGUUAGCUGAGAAAUGCAUCGAAUAUGGUGGCAUCAUCGAUAAGCCUUUCAAUUCGGCCAUUUGGAAUCGACCAUCUUACUGCUACGAGAUCUGUUUUGAGAAGAAAAAUGUGGAGCUGUUCAAAUUGGUCUUGAACUGUUUUGGAGACGAACCCUUGCCUGGAAAAUACGACCCAGAUUCGAACGCUUGGAUUCUCUGUGUUGAAUAUGGAGCUGAUAACUGUCUGAUUGAAUUGGAUAAAAGACAGAAACGUCCCAAAAAUGGUUUCGAAUCCGUGGACUGGAAUCAUCAUCGAUAUACACUUCCCUGGUGUUGGGCUCAAAGAAGGUUUUUCUCCGAUUUGCAGCUACAAGGUGUGUCAUUGCUGCAAAAGUUUAUGCGAGAAAAUAUUCCACGCACUCCUGUUGCUUUAUCUCCAAUUCAAUAUCAAAAUUUUCCUUUUAUGCUCGAUGCCAUUCUGAGAGGAGAGAGCUUGGAAACUAUCCAGAAACAGCUUCGGGAAGAAUUUUUAUUCUCAGGUCCAUUUCUCGAUUGGGACGUGGUAAAACAGUCAUUUGCAAGACACUUAGAAAAGUGGCCUUUUGACGAACAAACGCAAUUUGAAAGAUAUAAAAUUUCACUUUUCGAUCACAUGGCUCAAUCGGAAGCAGACAGUUUUGGGGCAGCACGCGAGAUGAUGAAAUUGGGCUUGCAGUUGGAGAUCAGAAAAUGCCCAUGUAAGGAUUGUGAGUGUUUAUCACCGCAAUACGCCUGCCUCGAUCCGAAUCGUCCCGAGAUUUCAUUGGCGCUAAAUGCGGCUGACUACUUUUUGCGGAUUCCAAUGUGCCAUCGAAUGCGUUAUCUUUUUAAGCAACAAAAAGAUCUGAACGAAAUCUCAUCAGUGGCGACUCUUGAAGCUCAUGCACGAUAUGCUCUACGAAAAACCAAAAAACCUAUUUAUCUUGGUACAAAAACUGUUCUCCGC